AUGAAUUUUUACAACACAAAUAUUGAUUACAAUAGCAUAAAUAAUAAUAGCAACAGCAACAAACACACAUAUUUAAAUAAUAGUCACGGUAACAAUAACAAUGCCAAAAAUAAUAUUAAUGAAUCUGGUAAUAACAAGGGAUUUUUCCAUCCUUUACAAAACUCAGAAGAAAAUCAAAGUAGGAACAAUACUUCAAUUUCACAAGAUCAAUUAAAAUCAAAUUUUACUAACAAAUUGCAGUCAUUAUUAUAUAAACAGGAUCAGAAUUUUAUACCAUUGAACAAUACUUCAAUUUCAAAUUUAAACACUAGCAAUAUAACGACAAAUUUCUAUUCAAUAACUCAGUAUAUUUUAUCGAAAUAUUUUAAAGUUAAUGAUAUAAAUGAUUUAAAUUCUUUAAAAUUGAUAGAUUUAAUAGUCGAUCAAACAUUCCCAUAUUCUUUGACUUUAAGAAAGCUAAAUGAUAAUAAUUCAAAUACCCCAUAUAAAUAUUUCAAUACUGUAUCAAGAGUUAAUGAUAUAACUAAAUGUCCUAUUUUUGCCUUAUCCAUUUAUUUUAUAAUAAGAUGGUCUAAUCCGUCAAUAAUGAAUACAGUAAAUGGAUCUAAUGCUAUGGCGUCUUUAAUUACUGUAGAUAAUUACAACUCUAUUCCAUUAUUAGAAUCAAAUUUAAUAUCCCUGCUAGAUUUCUCCAACAACAACCUAAAUGUGCCGUUGCUAUCUAGUGAAUCAACCAAUAAAGUUAGUAUGAAUUUAAAAUUAGCUAGAGCUGAAGCAUUUUCUCCAUCUGAUCAAUUAAUUUAUUUAGUUUUUCCAUGGUUACCACAAUUGAAGAGUGAAGUUUUGUUUGUAGAUCGUACAAAUUAUAAAUUGAAUUCCAUUUGCGAAUUAUUUGAAUUUAUAGGUCGUACGGUGGUUCAAGAUUUAAAAUAUUUAAUUUCAAAUCCUUCUGUUCUACCGAAUAUCGUUAAUUUUAUCUCAAAGUUAUUACCAAAUCUAUUUAUGAAUGAACAUUUUAAAGCUUCCAAUAUAAUCAAUUGGAAUGAUAAUAUAUUUAGCGAAAACAAUAAUAACAAUGAAUUAGCAAAUGGAAAUAAUAUCAUAUUUGAUUCAGGAAAUACAAACAUAAAUGACGUAACAUCAAUUUCAGGCACUGGUAAUAAUAUUAUUCCAAAACAGCUGGAGGAACAGUUUUCGAUUUUGUCAAAAAGGUUAACAACAGAAAAUGUUAGAUUGAAUCAACAGAUUUCUCUGCUGAAAUCCGAAUUGAAUUCUGUAACAAAUAUGUGUAAUCAAAUUUUACAAAAUCAGAAACAGCUAUUAACAACUCCUAAUAACAACCAAUAUUCAAAUCCAGCUAAUAAUAAUAGCAACAAUUCCGACGGAAUUAUAAUUUUAAAUAAAAAUAUGUUGAACUCAAAUACAUUAGGAAAUUUAGUUCAAUAUAUUGAAGGUAUGCAAAGGCCUCAGUCACAACCUCAACAACAGCCGCAAUCUCAGCCACAACAACAACAACAACAACAGUCGCAGAUCUUACCAGAGAACAAUCCUCAAUUCAACCAACAGUCCAUGCAACCGUAUAAUAAUCCACCUAAUAGCAACUAUCAACCCCAGAGUUAUUCAAGGGGGAAUAAUAACCUGUAUCGAAAUGAUAAUUCAGGUACAAAUUCUUCUAAUAUCCAGAAAAGAAAACUUCCAUUUCCUUACCACACAAAUCAAAUAGCCAAUAACACUACCUAUCCACAAUCGCCUUCAACUAAUAUUGCAGAAUUGAAUGUGGAAAACUCCUACAACCCGCCACCAAAUAAAAGGUUAAGAUUAGAAGAUAAACAGACACCAUCACAGGCGGCUUUAGAUUCAUUGUUAACUGGAACUUUACCAACAACAAAGAUUCCAUUAAAUUUAACAAAAGCUAUCGAAAAGGGUAAUAUUAUCAACUCGUAUAUUGGUGGAGAGACACCAAUUGCGGCAAAUGGGUUUGAACAAAAUGUUGAUGGUGCAAACAGUGAAGAUAAUUCACCAUCUGAUUCAAUAGAAAUUGUGGCGAGAUCAAGGCUAAGAAGAACGAUGCAAAACUUUGGCACAAAUGGAGAGCAAAGUUCAAUGGCCUCUCGUGCUCAUAAUUUAAGAUCCACUAAUGUUAGUCCUGUUGCUUCUCCUAAUAUUCCUAAAGAUAAAUCUUUGAGCCCUGAAAAGUCGAUAGAGACUGGCAUAGAUGAAACGAAUAUCGAUAUCAAUGAUAAAGACAAUAUUGAUGAUAUGGAUAGCGAUGAAAUACACAGAGUGAAUAGCUCGCAGUACCAAAGUGACAAUAUACAUUUUGAUAGAAAGGGACAAGCGACUACAACAUCAGGUCGUCCUGUUAAGCAUAAUCCAAAUGAAUCAAUUAAAUAUAAAUUAUCUAGAGAAAACAAGACAAUUUGGGAUUUAUAUACUGAAUGGUAUAUUGGAUUAAAUGGCAAACCAUCGAUCACACAAUUGAUCAAGAAUUAUGGGUACAGAAGAUGGAAAGUGCAUGAUGAUUCUCAUUUUUUCCCAACGAGAAGAAUAAUCAUGGAUUAUAUUGAAACUGAGUGUGAUCGUGGUGUGAAAUUUGGUCGUUUUACGAAUCCUAACCAACCAAGAGAAGACAUAAGAAAGAUACUAGUAGGUGACUUGGAAAAAUUUAGAAUCAAUAAUGGAUUAACAUUGAAUUCUUUAUCCUUAUAUUUCAGAAAGUUAAGCAAAGAUAACAUAGAGAUAUGCAUUUUUGAAAAUUUUAAAACUUGGAAUGUCAAACAAAUGACAGAAGAUGAAAAGAAUAAGUAUUGUAAAAGACAACAUUUUUCAACAAACCAGGGAGAAAACUAA